CCGGCACCGCCAGUGCGCGCUGCCAGCCCGGCAGCCAACUUCCCCGCUGGAGUUAGUGUAUAAAGGAUACCAUAUAUGCACACACACAUACACACACCUCUCCACCAAGGCGCUCCUCCUCCGCCUCCUCCCUCGACCAACUGCUGGAAUUAAAAUAAAAAAGCAAAACAAACACCAAAAAAAAAAAAAAACCAAAACCAACCAAAAAACAACAGACCGAGAGAGAGAGUGAGCGAGCGGGAGAGGGAGAGAAACAAUUCGCGAGGUAAAGAGAAAUUUCAACUUUUGAAUCUUUUUUUUUUUUUUUCUACUUGGUGUGGUUUUUUGUUGUUGUGUUUUUGGUGUUUUUUUUUCCAACCGCCUAAAGGAAAGGUAGAGAGAAAAAAAAUGUCUUAUCCAGAGCGUGCCUCUAGCAAGAAGGCUCCGGCAGGACUCUUGUUUCAAAGGGAACAAAGUGCUCCAGCAACAGCACAACUUUGAGAAAUGCAUCAUCACCACCAUCACCACCAUCAUCAUCACAGGAAGUUUUCUUAGGACACCAACAAAACUUGCAAAUAAAAGAGCAAAAAGGAGAACGAGGAGCCGAGGAGAGAGAGAAAAGACAGAGAGACAGAAAAAAAAAAAAAAAGGAAAUUAUACCCACACACAAAGCCUUAAAGGAAGAAGAAAAGGAAAAGUUUUCACUCUGAGAGGGGAAGGCUGAGAGUUGGAGAUGUACUCCUAGGGGAGCGGAGGGGAGAAGGCACGGGGGCUUUUUGAUCCCCCCCCCCGCUCUUUUUCGCUUUUUAGCCUUUGUUUGGUUUCCUCCCUGCGAGCAGCAAACUCGAGCGAAGGAGACGGAGGAAAAAUACAUGUACAGCUGAAUAUUUCUCCUUUUUUUUUCUAUUUUUUUUGGGAAAAAAAAAAAAGAAAGAAAAAGAAAAGAAAAGCGAUUUUAAAAAUAAAGAGCAGCGCGUCGAAGCGAGCGGCGGCGAAGAGCGGCCCGCGGAGCGGCAGGACGAGGCGAGCGCGCGGCGGAGCGCUAGCAGGUGAACCCCGCGCCCCGGCGCCCCGGCGAGGCUGGGAAGGCGGCGGCGGCGCGGGCGGCCCCGGCAGCGGCCCCGGCAGCGCCGGGCAAGGGCGCUCGCGGCGCGGCGGCGAUCGGCGGGCGCGGGAUGGCCGCGGCCACCUCUAACCCCUACCUCCCCGGCAACGGCAUCCUGGCGGCCGGCUCCAUCGUCCACGCGGACUCGGGCGGCGGCGGCGGCGGUGGCGGCGGCGGCGGCGGGGGCGGCAUGCAGCCGGGCAGCGUGGCCGUCACCUCGGUGGCGGGCGGCUACCGCGGCGACCCGGCGGCCAAGAUGGUCCAGAGCGACUUCAUGCCGGGCGCCAUGGCCGCCAGCAACGGCGGCCAUAUGCUGAGCCAUGCCCACCAGUGGGUGACAGCCCUGCCCCACGCCGCCGCCGCCGCCGCCGCGGCCGCCGCCGCCGCCGCCGAAGCGGGCUCGCCCUGGUCCGGCAGCCCCGUGGGCAUGACGGGCAGCCCCCAGCAGCCGCCGCCGCCGCCGCCCGACGUCAAGGGCGGCGGCGGGCGCGACGACCUGCACUCGGGCGCGGCGCUGCACCACCGGCCGCCCCACCUGGGCCCCCCGCACCAGGGGCACCCGGCGGCCUGGGGGGCGGCGGCGGCGGCCGCCCACCUGCCCUCCAUGGCCGGCGGGCAGCAGCAGCAGCAGUCGCUCCUCUACUCGCAGCCCGGGGGCUUCACGGUGAACGGCAUGUUGAGCCCCCCCCCCGGCGGGCAGAGCCUGGUGCACCCGGGGCUGGUGCGCGGCGAGACGCCGGAGCUGGGCGAGCACCCCGGGCACCACCACCACCACCACCACCAGCACCCCGGGCACCACCCGCCGCACCACGGCGGCGUCAACAGCCACGACCCGCACUCGGACGAGGACACGCCGACCUCGGACGACCUAGAGCAGUUCGCCAAGCAGUUCAAGCAGCGGCGGAUUAAGCUGGGCUUCACCCAGGCCGACGUGGGGCUGGCGCUGGGCACCCUCUACGGCAACGUCUUCUCCCAGACCACCAUCUGCCGCUUCGAGGCCCUGCAGCUCAGCUUCAAGAACAUGUGCAAGCUGAAGCCUUUGUUGAACAAGUGGCUGGAGGAAGCCGACUCCUCCACGGGCAGUCCCACCAGCAUCGACAAGAUCGCCGCCCAGGGCAGGAAGAGGAAGAAGCGGACCUCCAUCGAGAUAAAGGGAUUUAGAAGGACUGAGCAUCUGCAGCUGCACUUAUCUGAACUUCUCCUCUCCUAAAUCCGUUGCCAACUUUGAUUGAAUGGGUGCUGUGGAUGUGAUUAUAUAAUACUGCCAUUUCCAAGCAGUGUUUUUGGUAGGUUUUAAUAAACAGACUUUUCAAAAAGACGGCAAUAUAGAAUUGUUAGAUCCGUUGUUGAUCUAAAAAAAAAAAAUUUGCUUUAUAUUUUCAUUAAAUGACUUCUUUUAAUAUUUUAUUCAGAAUACCUAUGAACUGCUGCAAAACGGUAAUUUAUUUUUUCCCCAGAUCUUGUAUUACGUGUUUUUUUCAGACGAGCACAAAUCAAAAUGAAAUGAAAAUAUGGACAGUUGUUAGGUAAUAAGGGUAUCUUUUGAUGUGAUAAUUUGAUUGUAAUUUAAUUUGAGUAGUGAUUCCGUAAGAGCUGAUUGAGAAAAUAAAUUUGUUAGAAUGAAAUAGUCUGUGUCUGAUGCAUAAACACUGUGUCGACUGAAAGAAAAAAAAAAAAGAAAAGAAAAAAAUAACCAACAAAAAAAACAAGUUGUGUGGAGGGGAAUUCUGCAAAUGCUGAAGCGAGGGAAGUGCGGAGGGUCCGACCCGCUCGCCCCCCGUGCGCCCCGACAGUGCCGCCCCCCGCCAUACCCGCCGGGGGCUGCCCGUCCCUCCGCGGCCUCUUCCAGCCACCCCUGUGGCGCUGGGGAAAGCAAGGCGACAUCAGAGAUGGUCCAAGGCCACCUUCUCCCGGGAAAGGCCGUGUGGGUUGGAUUUAGGCUUGCGCGUCGGUGCGGGCGCUUGCCUGAACCUACCCCGCUGGCCGCGAGCGGCCGGUGUGAGAGCCAGGGAUGUUCCCAAAAGUUCAGUCUUGUUUUCCUUCUUUUCAAACUGAGGCUUCGGGGGAGAGGGGCGCUAAAGCUGUAAUUUAUUUUGAUGCAUUUUAUGUCUGUAUAACUAUUCGUAUUUAAUUUAGUUUUAUGAUUUAAAGAGAAGGUACUUUCCCCCUCCCCAGAAGAGGAUACAUAGAAUAACACUUCCAGCAUCCUGCGUGCGGUCCGCCUAGUUCACCGUUUCUGAUGUUGCUGUUGUUGUUGUUGUUGGUUUAGGGUUUUUCUAUGGGGUGUGAAGUGUUGUAGUCUAGUUUUCUUUUCCUCCACUCUGCCACAGCGCUGCCAUACCUUCUUUUUUUUUGCAAACACGCGUGUGUGAGUAACGUUGGAGAUGCCAACAGAUGCACUAGCUAAGGCUGUCAUAUUUAUCCGCUAUAAUUUAUUGCAGUACAGGAACAAGUGAAUGACCGUUUCAACUCUCUUCAUUUUGAAGCCGGGGAGGCUGUGGGAACUAGAGAGCCGCAUCUAACGCCUCCUCUCGCCCCCAGUGAUAGUCUACCAGAGAAUAAGGUUUUCUUUCAUGAUCCAUCUCGUUCGUGGCUGCUUCCUCACCUUCCUCUUCCUCCUCCCCUCUUCCUACCCGCGCCCCCCUCCCCCCUUUCCUUCCCUGCGUGCUAUGGAGGCAGGGGUUAACCCCCCAGAAAACUGCCGUAGGAAAAACAAACAUUUCUUCCUUUCAGACAGGCCUUGUGUCAGUCUAUAAAUCAAAGCCAACCUGAGAACCGUGCACCGGGAUGCAUUAUUUUAACACCAGCUCGUAGUAAAUAUCACCGUCGGUUUGAUUUGUGAAAUCCGAAAGGCCCUACUGACACGGAGGAAAGGGAAAAGGGGGAGGAAGAGAGGAAAAAAAAAAAAAACCAAAACAAAAAAAACCAACCCCACAACCCAACAAAGGGAAAGAAAACCCGAAAGGGUAAAGGACGCUUUUUCUUUUGUUCGUUUUAGCAAAAGCUCCUGGCUAGUUUUGCAGCUCGGGAGGGGAAAGGCCGGGCGCAGGAGGCUGGCUGCUCUCCGGGUGCCGGGUACCACUGACACGUGAGGUGGGAUCCUGGUUUUCACAGAUGAAGGAGAGCGGUUUGAUAGGGACGGACGGAGAAGGUCUAUUUAAAUCUCGUGAGCGGUAUUUGGUUACUGGAUUUGGAUGGCAACAAAGAGCUAGCGUUAGGCUUCACACUGGUUUCUAUUAAAAGACAACCUUUGCGGGCUGCUGCCUAAGAAAAGCUGGGCUUUAGGCUGGAGGAGGAACCUUUGGUCGGAGGGACCAGCUAAACGCGCCCGUUCCGUGGACUUGUUAUGCAGAAAAAGUGAGGCCGUGGGCGCUCGCCCCCUCCCCCUACUCACCCUCCCCCGCCCCCCCCCCCGCGAAAUGGAACCCUUUGAAUGUAUUUAGGAAUUUCAGGGUUGUGAGUCUAUGAGAUAACAAGAGGUAGAUAAUAACUGAGAGGGUUUGCGCUAAGGGUUAUAUUGUUACACGUGUAAAUAAUGAAAAUAUUGUUAUAUAUCGCCAGAUCUCUUAAUGAAUUUAGUAAUUGUAUUCAUUUAUAAUAUCAGUGUUCUGUGCUUGGUAACUGAGUCGGCAUCAUUUUCCUCACUCUUUUUUCCCCCCUCUCUUUUCUUUUUUUCUUUUCUGCCUAAAGGGAAGCCAAAUGUUUUACAAAGUUAUGUUUGAUGAGUCUGAGUAAUCCCGAGAUGUGAUUAUUUAUAGUUUACAUUUUCAUAUCCUGUGGCCCCACUCUUCUCACUCCCAUCCCAUCCUUCCCCCGUCGAGUCUGUACACAAUAAAUCAUUUUCAGGUGUAUUUAAAAUAGUCAUCUCACUGCUGUUGAUCCGCGUAUUUUCCGGAAUUUAGCAAAGAGCUCUACCUUGGUUUAAAAACGCAGCGGUUCCUAUAGGAAAGCGAUCUUUACAGAAUCCUUACGCUUUAAUGUAGUGACUCGUGUUUGCACAUUACAAUGCUCAUAACUUGUUUUGUAUGAAUGGUUUUAAAUGGAACGUUUAGAGAAUAAUUGGUUCUACUAUGAAAUGCAGUAUAUACUAUUGAUAAUUUUAUCAAUAAGUGUAAUAUUUUAAAUAAUUUUAACAAUUAAAUUUGUUUUUUAAAUUAUAUAUUUGUAAACUAUUUAUCCUGUUGAAAGCAACAAUAUAUUGUUGUAUUUAUUCGUUUAUUUUUGUAAUAAAUGA